AUGAAGUCGAACACGCCUAUUAUUUGCGGGCGCGCGCCUCGUGAGUUCAAUCGGGGCAUUCUGGAUUUAACUGAUGUUCUCCUCAGACGACAGUUUCUGUGGUAAAUUCUGAGAGGUUUGAUAUGGAGAUGUGUUUCAGAAUAUCUCUGAUGUUUCUGCUCAUGAUUGCUGAUGUUGAUGGUCAGCAGGAUUGGGAAGUGAAUUACAGUCCUUCAUAUGUUUGUGCAUUAAGAGGCUCAACAGUGAGAAUAACCUGUACUUUAAAAUAUCCAUCUGACCAUGUGAUCGAUAAAACCUUCUGGACAAAAGUUGCAUAUGUACCUGAUGAAGAACCACCAGACCUGUGUUUGGACCCAGAAAACAGAAGACGAGUUCAGUGUCAAAGUAAAGAUCAAGACACUCACAGCAUCACUUUGACAGAUGUGACAGAAGCUGAUAAACGCAUCUACUACUGCAGAUUUAUAACAGACAAAGUAGGUAGAAAAUGGUCAGGAGUUCCUGGAGUUCAGCUUGAUGUCACAGACCUGCAGGUGGAGACAAAUCAGACAGUGAAAGUGGGAGAUUCAGUGACUCUUACAUGUAAAACCACCUGCAGUCUGCCUGAAGAAACAACAUUCAUCUGGUACAGAAACAAACAGAGAUUCACUAAAGGAAUAACAACAUUGAAUCAACUUCACCUACGGUCAGUCAGUCGUGAUGAUUCAGGAGAUUAUAGAUGUGCUGCUGUAAAAGGAUAUGAACGUCUUCUGUUCUCUCCUGAUGUUUAUCUUAGGGUUGAUUUGAUAAGUCAGCAGGAUUGGGAAGUGAAUUACAGCCUUUCAUAUGUUUGUGCAUUAAGAGGAUCAACAGUGAGAAUAACCUGUACUUUAAAAUAUCCAUCUGACCAUGUGGUGAAUAAAGCCUUCUGGACAAAAGUUGCAUAUGUACCUGGUGCAGAACCACCUGACCUGUGUUUGGACCCAGAAAACAGAAGAAGAGUUCAGUGUCAAAGUAAAGAUCAAGACACUCACAGCAUCGCUUUGACAGAUGUGACAGAAGCUGAUAAACACAUCUACUACUGCAGAUUUAUAACAGAUAGAGUAGCUGGGAAAUACUCAGGAGUUCCUGGAGUUCAGCUUGAUGUCACAGACCUGCAGGUGGAGACAAAGCAGAGAGUGAAAGUGGGAGAUUCAGUGACUCUUACAUGUAAAACCACCUGUAGUCUGACUGAAGAAACAACAUUCAUCUGGUACAGAAACAAACAGAGAUUCACUAAAGGAAUAAAAACAUUGAAUCAACUUCACCUGCGGUCAGUCAGUCGUGAUGAUUCAGGAGUUUAUAGAUGUGCUGCUGCUGUAAGAGGAUCUGAACGCCUUCUGUCCUCUCCUGAUGUUUAUCUUAAUGUUGAGUUGAUUAGUCAGCAGGAUUUGGAAGUGAAUUACAGCCUUUCAUAUGUUUGUGCAUUAAGAGGAUCAACAGUGAGAAUAACCUGUACUUUAAAAUAUCCAUCUGACCAUGUGGUCGAUAAAGCCUUCUGGACAAAAGUUGCAUAUGUACCUGGUGGAGAACCACCUGACCUGUGUUUGGACCCAGAAAACAGAAGAGGAGUUCAGUGUUACAGUGAAAAUAACGACACUCACAGCAUCACUUUGACAGAUGUGACAGAAGCUGAUAAACACAUCUACUACUGCAGAUUUAUAACAGACAGAGUAGAUGGAAAAUGGUCAGGAGUUCCUGGAGUUCAGCUUGAUGUCACAGACCUGCAGGUGGAGACAAAGCAGAGAGUGCAAGAGGGAGAUUCAGUGACUUUUACAUGUAAAACCACCUGCAGUCUGCCUGAAGAAACAACAUUCAUCUGGUACAGAAACAAACAGAGAUUCACUAAAGGAAUAAAAACAUUGAAUCAACUUCACCUGCGGUCAGUCAGUCGUGAUGAUUCAGGAGAUUAUAGAUGUGAUGCUGUAAGAGGAUCUGAACAUGUUCUGUCCUCUCCUGAUGUUUUUCUUUGGGUUGAUUUGAUAAGUCAGAAGGGUUGGGGAGUGAAUUACAGCCCUUCAUAUGUUUGUGCAUUAAGAGGAUCAACAGUGAGAAUAACCUGUACUUUAAAAUAUCCAUCUCACCAUGUGGUCAAUAAAGCCUCCUGGACAAAAGUUGCAUAUAUACCUGGUGCAGAACCACCUGACCUGUGUUUGGACCCAGACAACAGAAGAGGAGUUCAGUGUCAAAGUAAAGAUCAAGACACUCACAGCAUCACUUUGACAGAUGUGACAGAAGCUGAUAAACGCAUCUACUACUGCAGAUUUAUAACAGACAGAGUAGCUGGGAAAUGGUCAGGAAUUCCUGGAAUUCAGCUUGAUGUCACAGACCUGCAGGUGGAGACAAAUCAGAGAGUUAAAGAGGGAGAUUCAGUGACUCUUACAUGUAAAACCACCUGCAUUCUGACUGAAGAAACAACAUUCAUCUGGUACAGAAACAAACAGAGAUUCACUAAAGGAAUAACAACAUUGAAUCAACUUCACCUGCGGUCAGUCAGUCGUGAUGAUUCAGGAGAUUAUAGAUGUGCUGUAAGAGGAUCUGAACAACUUUUGUCCUCUCCUGGUGUUUAUCUUAUUGUUGAGUGGGUUCAGGGUUCUGCUCUGUAUUAUGGGAUUGUGGCAGGAUGUCUUGUUUUGUUCUUCAUCAUCGUCAUCUUCAUCAUUCUGUUUAUAUGGAAGAAAAGACGAGACAGGCAAAAUCAGAAACAGAAAGGUCAGGAUCAUGGUGACCACACUAGAUGACUUGUCUGAUCUAAGAAACACCAGGUUCGGUCAGCCGUCUCCCAGGCAUGGUCUCAGUCUGCUGUGGUGGUUUGCAGAUGAUUGUGUCGACAGGAUCAGCAAUAAAGGUAGAAUGAUGGCACGAUACGACCCUGAAGAAGGAUAUUUUGGCUUCCAUGAGUUUCAUAAUGCUGAAGGUCUUCUUCCAGACACUGAUCUAACAUACUAUGAGGUGGGCAACCUGAGCAACCAUCACCACCAUCUGGGCUCACUGCCUCAUUUUGUGUCUAAAAAUUACAAUCCUAAUGUACAUAACCCUGAAAGCAAUACAGAUCGCAUCAUUGUUUCCAUCGAUUCAGCCCAGAAUGGUGAUAUAUGGUUUGAUGAGGUUUAUGUGACCAAGCAUUCAGAUGAAGACGGUUUCAAUAAGAUGUGCACCUAUCACAUCAGUCAAGAUCUCAUAGAAAUUAUUAAAGACUUGGAAUGGAGAGAUUUCAUCAGGAAAGUCAAACCACGUCGUCGUCGCCGAAAAUAGCAAAUCUCUAACUGAGCAUUUUAACUUUGAUCAUGAUUGAAUAUAUUCUGUUGGUUCGGGAACAACAAUCUUCUCAAUUAAAUGAAGUGGUUAAACUUUCUCAAAACUUUUACCUACACUUUUUUAUAUUAUUUCACUUUGUUCUUUCUUUCUGUUUUGACAGUCAUUCCACAAUUUCUUUUUCAUUUUUUUGUGUUAUGGCACAGAAUUGCUCUUGCUGUCCUCAUGGUAUAAACUGAUGAUGAAAUAAAAGCUGGUUUUAAAAACA